AUGUUCAAGAAGAAGCCGAACAUCAAGCCGCUCGCGCCCAUCAAAAACUCGGAGCGCCGCAAGCUCGCCGACCAGAUCAUCGCGGACCUGGGCCUCCAAGUGCCGCCGCCGCCCGCAGAUGUCGACCCCGCCGACAAGGCCGCCGCCACCGCCGGCCUGACAAACCUGCGCAACGCCCUGCUACCCGACGGCUCGCUGUCGGCCCGCUUCACCACCACCGCCGGGCCCGACCUGAGGAAAGUCUCGGGCACCGUCUACGUCGGCGCCCCGGCCGGCACCCAGGACAACCGCGUGCUGUGGAUCCGGCUGGACGAGAAGAUGCAUCCGACCGUCUACACCCUCUGGCGCAACCCGGGCAUCGUGCCGCUGCUGCACACGCCCGGCUUCGUCGUCGAGAAGAUCCAGGGCGGCGCCGACCUGAUGACGCCUGGCCUGCAGAACGGCCCGCCCUUCCCCCAGAACGCGAAGAAGGGCGCCGUCGUGGCCGUCGCGAGCCUGGAGAAUCCAACCGUGCCCGUCGCCGUGGGCGUGUGCGAGAUCGACGUCAGCGCGCUGCAGCAGGUGCAGGGUCUUAGGGGUCAUGCCGUGAGGUCGGUACAUUGGGCGGGCGACGAGAUAUGGGCGUGGAGCAGCACAUCCGGGAAAGAAGGCGGAGCACCGCCGGAGCAUUUGGAGGGGUGGUACGGCGAGAAUGCCGAGGUCGAGGUGGUGGCAGACCAACUGGAAGGCACCGAUCUGAAGGACGUUGAAGAUGGUGGCGUGCAGCUGGAUCCCGAGGUACCAGCCGAAGGUGCCGAUGGUGAGGUUGUUUCCAAGGAAGAGAAGUUCGAGUAUGCGGAGGACCAGGAGUUGACCACCAAAGAGAUCGACGAGGCGUUCAAGAAGGCAUUCAUCUACGGAGUCCACCACCACAUGGAGACCAACAGGAACGAGUCGAACUACGGCCUUUCCUUCCCGCUUUCUCAAUCCUCCGUCAUGGCUACCCUCGUCCAACCAUUCCUCCCUGCCUUCACACCUAAGCAAACAGCCUCUCUCCAAAUAAAGAAGACAUCCUUCAAAAACAUCAAGAAAUUCAUCAAGUCCCUGGACAAGGCACGACUGAUCAAAUCCAAAGAUCGAGACGGGAACGAGGUCGUCAUCCUCGACAUCGACUUCAGCGACCAAACCUUCAAGGACUUCAAGCCCUACCGCCUCCCCAAGAAGGACACGGCGGGCGGCAGCAGCGCCGGCCGGGGCACCACGGCCACGGCGACGGCCGGCCCCAGCGGCGAGGACGCGUCGAUCGGGCAGAAGCUCAAGAAGGUGGAGCUCUUCCGGCCGAAGGAGAAGCUGGCGCCGCUCUUCGCGGCCGCCGGCGCGGACGCGCGGGGCCUCUUCACGGCCGCCGAGCUGCGGCCCGUCGUCACGGCGUACAUCGAGGCGGAGAAGCUCGUCGCGCCCACCAACAAGCGCAUGGUCACGCUCAACCCGGUCCUGGCCAACGCCGUCUUCGACGGCUCCGCGCGCUCCGACAAGGAGGUCCUGGCCAAGGGCGCGGCGCCGCGCGACGCCCUCGUCGACCGCGUGCUCGCGUCGUGCGCGCCUUUUUACGCCAUCACGCGCAACGACGAGGCCGUCGCCGCGUCGGGUGCGAAGCCGAAGGCUGGGGCUGCGCCCAAGGUCAACAUCACGCUGGAGACGCGCAGUGGCAACAAGACGGUGACCAAGACGAGCGGCGUCGAGCCGUACUUUAUCAACCCCCAGGCGCUGGCCGACGAGCUGCGCAAGGCAUGCGCGAGCAGCACGAGCGUCGAGCAGAAGGUCGGCAGCUCGCCCAAGAACCCCGUCAUGGAGGUCAUGGUGCAGGGGCCGCAGAAGGACGCGGUGCUGAAGGCGCUGGAGAAGCGGGGAGUGCCGAAGGCGUGGGUGGAGAUUGUGGAUAAGACGAAGAAGAAGAAAUGA